AAAGAUAUGGAACUUGAAUUGACUCGUGUAGAUUACACGGUCGUAGGUUUGACGGCCUCCAGUUGUCUUCAACUAUUACCUGGAACCUCCAGCUCCGAUGGAUCUAAGGGCUCUCUGAAACAACAACAGAAGGUAGUUGUUGGCGAUCAGGAUGGAGUACUGCAGGUGUUCUCGAUGAAAAAAGAUGAGUUACAAAUUCAUUUCAAGACGCUUCCGCACGACAAAAUAGCGUCCGUCAAGCUAGGCGGACAGAUCGGCUCGGUGGCAGACAAAAUCUUUACCGCGUCGGAAAACAAAGUUCGAGGUUUUAACAAAAAAGGCAAAAUGUUUCUGGCCUUUGAAACCAAUCUUACGGAAAACAUCCGAUCGAUGUACGUAAGCGGAAGUGAUUUGUUGGUGUGCGGAAACCAUGUGUACAAUCACUACAAGGACUGCAAAGAAGUCGGAUCGUAUCUUUGUGGGGAUUCGAUCGUGGAUGUGGCCGCGCUUUGCCCGAACAACACAAGUCGUCUGAUUACGGUUCUGGCAUGUUCGGGUCGAGUGCUGCGUAUCCUAGAGCAUUCACGUGUUCGCCAAACCUUGGAGGUGGAUAGCGUACCAACGGUCCUGCAUGUCCCGAAAGGUCUUGGCGAUAGGAUACUGUGCGGUUUCGGUGAUGGAAAAGUUCUUCUGUUUCAUAUUAACCUACUGGUGACAGAAGUCAAACGAGAGGUAUUGGUCGAAGAUACGGAAAAUCUGAGUGCUGUAACCUGCGUCGCAACCUACGACCUAUCCGGAGAUGGGAAAGAUGAACUGAUCGUUGGUCGGCGAGAUGGUACACUUCAGGUGUUCACGAUGAACCUGGAUGAGUAUCAGUUUGAAAUGGAGUGUACCCAGAUAUACCGGGAACAUUUCAACGAAAGUAUUUCGUGCAUUCAGGGGGGAUGUGUAGGAGCUAACAAUUACUCGGAAGUGGUAGUUUGCACUUACUCUGGACGAGUAUUCGGAUUAACGACUCAGUGCAUCAGUAAGAGUUUAAGCGACAGUAAUAAACAGAUUUCGGCCAGCAUAAAUCCAGAUACCUCUUCGAAGCUGCAUAAGUUAAAGGCCGAAAUUUAUGAACUCGAACAGGCUAUUACGAGGGAACGGGAGCGUUAUCAGGUCUCGACCCAAGCGCUUUCAACAGGUUUGUCAGCAAUUCCAAUGCUACCGGUGAAUGAUUCAAUGAUUUUAUGUAAGGAGGAUGCAACCUAUGCACUAACUAUCGAGCUGCCCACUCCGAUCGAACAUGUAUUGCUGCAGUGUGAUGCCCCAAUUAAUUUGAUUGACGUGGAAAAGAACUCCGCAGUUGUUAGUUUCAGCGAGUGUGAUAAAAUGAGUGGAAACAGUUUACUUGCAAGCUAUCGCUGCCAAGCGAACACCAAUCGUGUGGAUUUGAAAUUUCGUACAGUUGAAGGUCAAAGUGGAACUUUACAGGUCUACAUAACUCCCAACUUGCAGCCAAAAUGUUGCCAACUGAAGCGCUAUCCGAUAAAACCACUAUCGUUGCACAUGAUCACGUACAACCUGCCGGAUGAAAUCAAAGCCCGCUCGAUGAAUGCCCUCAUCCUGAAGGGAGCUUUCAGCCAGGCCGAAAUGCAUAACUGGCUGCUGAACAGCAUCCCGGAGAUACCGGAGAAACUGUACGGCAAUGAGAAAACUCGGCUGGUUUUUCGGCAUGUUUUCGUUGGAACAGUUCUGAUUUGCGAGUACGGCAAAGCGGAAGCCAAUUUCCGCAGCGACAACAUUUCGACGAUUUCGAUCCUUAAAGAUUUCAUCACCAAGGAGGCUACGAAGAAGCGCAUCAAGUUGGAAAUUACUACUAAUUCUAAUGAACAUUCGAUUCCCGAAUUGAUAAAACUGAUCGAACCAAAGAUAGUACAUUACAACAAGCUCACGAAGGAUUAUCAGAUCCUGCAAGCGCUGGUUGAUCUGGACAUUCGUAACGACAAAGAAUUCAGUGCACUGUCGGAAGAAUAUCAAAACCUGUUGAGGAAUCAGAAACAGAUCGAGAGUGAGUUCAAAAAGCAACCAACCAUACUGAACCGUAUCUACGGUAUUCUAACCGAUUUGUACAUUGACAAGUUUAAGUUUAAAGGAGUAAAUGUAAAAACGAAGUUACCGCAGCUGAUUGAUUUGCUCGAAAACUAUAACUAUGAUGAGUUGGUGCAUUUCUACAGUGUCAUGAAAUCCGCUGAAGAUCAGGAGCCUUAG